AAGUUCGUAUAAGUUUAUUCACCUUCAUUUCCAUAAAAUAAGUAUCCUAUUUUUAGGACUCUUAUACGCAUUUAUGAUAGAAAAUAACUGCCUUGUUAUUGCAAAAAGAUUGUUGCAACGUUAACACUGUGAUGCAAGAAUCACCAUGGUUAAGUACAUUUUACUCCAAUAUAAAAAACAUUUUUUUUUUAUAAAGCACGUUUUGAAUAACAAGUUCUCCUAUGAAAAAAGCCUAAAAUUUAGAUGCGAUUUCGAGCUGAUUUUUUACAGCUAAUCAUUUAUGUUAUUGAUUUCAAGCAUGCGCAAUACCCUUAUUAUGCUUAUCAGUCAGCAUCUUUGCAACCCACGAUUUAUUGUUUACAUUAAAAUCUUAUUUGCACAAAGAAAAAAAAGGAUUAUAAACGCAAUUUAAAGCGACAACCAUAGCAAACGGACAGUUUAGAAAUAAAAGGUACACUCGUUUUGACAGGCUUGUUUCUAUAAUUCAUCUACAGUCAGCUCGAAACGGGAAAGUAUGGUGAAAUCAACGUUGUUACUUCUUCUAGUUACCAUUAUAAAUUGCGAGUACUUGCGUGUUUGUUACUACACAAAUUGGGCGCAAUAUCGAGGUGGAUUUGCGCGAUACACAGCGAGUAAUUACGAAAUUGACUUAUGUACGCAUAUUAUUUAUGCGUUCGCACAAGUGACGGUUUCCAAUGGCAGAUUUCCCAUUCUUCCGUAUGAAUUAAAUGAUAUUAGUUUUGGUUAUCCCACGGUAAAUGCUCUGAAAGAUAUCGACCCAAGGUUAAAGACAUUGCUUGGGGUAGGUGGGUGGAGACACGCAUCAGCGAUGUUCACUGAAAUGGUGCAAACACACGAAACAAGGAAGAUAUUUAUUGAUGACGCUGUGGUUUUUCUGCUCAAUCAUGGUUUCGAUGGAUUAGAUCUUGACUGGGAGUACCCUGGUCAAAGGGGUUCACCGCCUGGUGAUAAGUUCAAAUUUACACAGUUUUGCGAAGAAUUGAAAAAAGAAUUUUCCAAACAUGGUUUGUUGCUUACAGCUGCUGUUGCCGCUGGGCAGGUUUCAGCACAAACAUCUUACGAAAUUUUAGAAAUAUCUCAACAUCUUGACUUCAUAAACCUAAUGGCGUAUGAUCUACAUGGAGGAUGGAGCACCAUAGCUGGCCAUCACACAGAUGCCAGUGCGGACAGACUGUCAUUGGAAUUAAGUGUUUUAAACUCUGUAAAUUAUUGGUUGAGUAGUAAUAUGGACCCCAGAAAAUUGAUUAUGGGACUAUCUACGUAUGGGCGCACAAUAUCAUUAGUAGAUGCAUGCAAUGACUGGGAACUAGGGGCAACUACACGAAAGGCAGGUAAAUUUUUACCAUUUUAUGAAGUUUGCAAUAUGACAUUUGAAAAUCGGGUCUGUACCGCGUCAAGUAGCGUGAAUGCACCGUAUGGUUCGAAUGGAGAAGAUUUUGUUGGUUAUGAUGAUGAAGAAAGCAUCGCGUACAAAGUACACAACAUUAUCAAAAAGAAACAUCUAGGUGGUUUCAUGGUCUGGUCAUUGGAUCUGGAUGAUUUUUCAAAUCAAUGUGGCAGAGGAAAAUACCCGUUGAUUAAAGCAGCUAUUGCAGCUUUAGAGGAUAGCAUACAGCCAACAGGUGUAUGUCAAAACAUAAAACGCACUGGCGAAUGCCCCCCACCACCAACGUUACCUCCAAGCAGGUGUAGAGUUAACCCGAUCGGUCCAUGGCGAGGUGAAUACAAUGAGGACAUGUGGUGCAGAAACGAAGAAAAUUGUCCUGGUAAUUGUGAACAUUAUGAAGGUUGCACAAGUUGCAUGUGUGAAUGCGACGGCGCAGGAACAUCACCUCCAACGACAUCAAUUCAACCGAUCUCUUCUGUUAGUACUAAAACCUCAACUUUUUAUCCAGGUGUACCUGGUACUUGCACCGUCCCGUCGGAUCUUAGUUUAAGGAAAAAAUGCUACUUAAACCCAAAUGGAUUAUGGCCAGGUGAUGACAUUGCUAAAUGGUGUCAAACAGAUUGUCCUUCUGUUCCUUCUUGCGAAAACAAUAUGUGUUGCUGUGAUUCAGGAAGUAAUUCACUUUCGACUGCAACUUCGGCACCAACGACGGCAACAUCUACAAAGAUGGUGACAGAAACAACAUCAACAACAUUGCCUCCACCAAUAACGACAACAGUAACGACAACAAAGUCAACAACAACAACGACGACGACGACGACGACAAAACAACAAGCAACGACAACAGAAUCAACGUUAACAUUGAAACUAACGACACCAGCAAAGCAAUCGUUGACAACAAAACCAGCAAUGACAGUGACGACGACAACGACGACAAAACCAACGACAACAACACAGACGGAAGCGACAACAGAAUCAACGACGUCAAAAACGACGACAAGGCUACCGAUAACAACAACAUUAACAACGACGACUAAACCAGAUACGACGACAGAACAAGCAACAACAAAAAGCGCUUCUAUAUCAACGACGAAAUUACAAAACACUUGCACUCCUGUAGAUCAUCACGUUAGCAAUAUUUUCUUAGAACAAUUUUGCCAACAGUCUUGCGCUCUGUGCCUUACAACGGCUGAGAUAAGAAUUUACUGCAAGUGUUCUGUGUGAUCUUUUCUUUGUUAAACAGGUAACAAAUAUUGUCCUGAUCUUUGUUCUUUGAUGUGCUUUAGAUUUAUUUUCUUAUGGAAAAGGAAAGAGUUUUAAGGAUUCUCAUUCAACACCUAUUUGCUGCAAAGUAAUGGUGAACUUUUUGUAUAGAUUUAAACUUCGAUAUUAUGAAUGAAAGUGUGUGGAUAUAGGAGUUGCACGUGUAUACUAUUUGAUUGAAAUGUAUACAAUGAACACAAUAUAGAUGGUGGUUAUAUUUAGUUGUAAUUACAUUGCUCUGGAGUAAUGGUUAAGAGGAGAGGCAUACUGAUUGAGAGGAAGGGAGUAU